AUGCCUCCAAAGAAAACCACUGUGACAAGUGAAAAUGUACCGAAAAAGGAGCGCAGAUCUAUAACACUGGAGAAAAAAAUGGAGGUCGUUCGCAGAAUGGAAGACGGUGAAACGCGGUCUAAUGUUUGCAGAAUUAUGAAACUGCCGCCAUCAACUGUGAGCACCAUCAUAAGAAACGCAGAUAAGAUCAAAGCGUCCAUACAGCACGCUACGCCGGUGAGUGCGGCCCAGACACGAUACUCCAGAAGUAAACUUCUAGAGAAAAUGGAGAAGCUAUUGUCACUGUGGGUGCAUGACCUAAAUAAAAAGAACAUUCCGACGACUCAAGCUGUUAUUACCGAAAAGGCAAAGUCAAUUUUUGAAGAUCUGAAGAAAAAAGAAGGUGGGGACGAGACAUUUUUAGCUAGUAAAGGAUGGUUCAUGCGAUUUAAAAGUCGAACCAAGUGCCCCAGCGUGAAAGUGACUGGGGAGGCAGCGAGUGCAGAUGCCGAGGCUGCCGCAGCAUUUCCUGCAGAAUUUCAGGCUGUCGUACGGGAAGGUCAUUAUCCCUCAGAUCUCAUUUUUAAUGUUGAUGAAACGGGACUUUAUUGGAAGAAAUUGCCAUCAAGAAUCUUGAUCGCCCAAGAAGAGCAAUCUGCACCAGGCUUCAAGCCCUCCAAAGAUAGGCUAACUCUUCUGCUGGGAGCAAAUGUCUCUGGCACUUUAAAAUUAAAGCCAAUGUUGGUGUACCAUUCCCAAACGCCCCGUGCUCUCAAGGGCCUUAACAAAGACAUGCUGCCAGUCUAUUGGAAGUGGAACAAGAAGGCUUGGGUGACGCAAGAAAUUUUUUUAGAUUGGUACGGAAAUUAUUUUUGCCCCACUGUGCUUCGUUUUUGUGAAAGAAACAAGUUGCCACCCAAAGCUCUUCUUCUGUUAGGAAAUGCCCCCGGCCAUCCUGGAAACUUUGAUGCAGUUAGAACACCUCUGGGUGUCCAAAUUGUUUACAUGCCACCAAACACCACAUCACUUCUGCAGCCUAUGGACCAAGGGGUUAUAGCAACAUUCAAAGCUUAUUACCUCCGCCAAACCUUCUCGGAAAUGGUGAAGGUUUUGGACAGAUCAGGCAUAACCAUGAAAGAUUACUGGCGUUCCUUCAACGUUCUGAAAGGCGUCAAUAACAUUAACGGAGCUUGGGAGGAAGUCACAGCCAACUGUUUAAACAGAGUGUGGCGCAAACUUUUACCAGAAUCUGCACACGACUUGAGUGUGGAGCCGUUGGAGAACAUUGUGGAAGAUGUACGUAGGCUGGCACAAGAAGCUGGGUUUAGUGAAAUGACCACUGAUGAUGUCACAGAGCUAUUGGAUAGCCAUGAGCAGCAGCUUUCCAAUGAAGACUUGGAAGAUUUAGCUAAAGAACUAAGCAAGCAGAAUGAGGAGGAAAAAGAUGAAGUGGCAGACGUUCCUCUACAGUCUAUGAGAACCAAAGAUCUGCAGCGUAUCCUCUCGGUCAUGGAAACCCUCGCUGAUGAGCUCUCGGAGAUGGACCCCGACUGGCAGCGAAGUGCUACAAUGAGAAGGGGCAUAAUGUCUUCGCUUGGCCCUUACUCUGAGAUUCUCCGAGAAAGGAAAAGGCAAUCUCGGCAGUCAACACGGCAUGCUUUCUCCCGGAAAAGGCAAGAUUCUCAUCCACUGUUGUGA